AUGUCGCCUGCGUGUGUGGCCUUGGACCGACGCGGCAAUUACGAUAAUUCCGCGCCGCAUUACCUCAGUUGGCCGCGCGCAGCAGCGCAGACUCCCUCUGGAGGCGGAGAUCGGAUCAUUGGUUUCCGCAAAUUCAUUGAGUUCCUCCUUGUUGCAGAUGGAGAGGAGAUGGCGGUGGGCGCCCCUAGCAACGCUUGGGGCGACGGUGCUGCUCAGCAUUGUAGUGACUCUUCCUGCCAGUGGAGACGCCUCCCAAGACUUUGCCGUGAGAUCUCUUUCGAAUUCCGGACACGUCUGCCCCAUGGGUUGCUGGUUUACCACAGCGUGAAGGGCCGGCCGGAGGGUAUGGCACCUUACGCUUUGUACAUAAUCGUAGAAAACGGGCAGCUCAAGAUUUUGCACGUCUUUGGAAAGAAGUCAACGUCCUUGGUGGUAGGAGAAGCGCUGAACGACGACGCGUGGCACCGCGUGCGCGUGCGCAUCGACGUGCACGGGCGGCAGCUGAGCGCGGGCGUGGACGACGCGCAGCGCGACAGCCCCGUGGCUGGCCUGCGCCCCGGCGCCAACUACGGCGUCGACCAGGAGCUCGAGUCCGUCGUCCUCAUCGGCGGUUUGAGCUCUGAAGAGAGAUUGCAUGGGGUCAAAUACAUAAUAGAAUCCUUUGUAGGUUGCAUCAAAAAUAUGGUACUGAAAACUGGAAAAGAUGCACACAUACUCAUUCCAAUUAAGCCUCUAAUUGCAACUAAGCAUGAAAAUGUCAUCGAAGGUUGCAUAGAUAAAUGCAAGACUCGAGAUAAUCUUUGUUUUGUGGGGAGCAAGUGUAUGAAUCAUUAUAAUAGUUAUACUUGCGAUUGUUUUGGGACAAAAUAUGAAGGAGAACUAUGUGAUAUUUAUGCUGCAACAUAUUUAACUCUACGAGGGUCAUCGUAUGUGUCUUAUCGUGUGUAUGAUUGGAAAGAUCGUGUCCAUUCUAGUCAAAAUCGCAUUAGUUUAUACUUCAAAACGUUGUAUGACGACUCUGUAUUAUUUUAUGCAAGUGGAGAGCCAGGGCAGCAUUACAUUGCGGUGUCUCUCUUAAAUAGUACCAUUUACGUGAGACUGAAAAUAGGAGAAAAUGUAGUAAAUACAUCAAUUGGAGUCUAUACAGCUGCAAAUCACUGGCAUAAUUUUACUCUGGCGCAUUAUGGCAACUCUAUUGACCUUCAUUAUGACAAUGAGAAAAAAACUAUUGAACUUCAAGGUGACAACAACUUCUUAUAUAUAGAUCCAGAAAUUUAUUUUGGAGGAGGUCCAGAACUAGAAAAAAAGGAAGGUCUGGUCUCUACCAACAACUUUGUAGGAAGCUUGAAAUAUGUUUUCUUCAAUGACAUAUCAAUUAUAUAUGAAUUAAAAAAGGGAAACCCCAAGGUUCAUUACAUUGGAGUUUUGACCCCAGAAUUUUAUGAAACGGACGUGGAAGUAAUACCUCUAACAUUCCCGUUUUUAUCUUCAUAUCUUUGGUGGAGUCUCAAACAAACCAGUAAUUUGAGCUUGAGUUUCGAUUUUAAAAGCUCUGAAAAUUCUGCAGUCCUAGCAUCUUCAGGAAUUUUGUCAGGCGCCAAUCAAACAAAUAGUUAUUGGGAGAUUCGUAGAAGUAACGAAGAAAUAUUUUUCGGAAUUGUGCCAAACACGUCCAUCAGCAACAUAGCAGAGGUUUCGGUGAAGUUUGAUGGAGAUCCUGGAUGGCAUGCAGACCCAAGGCGACUAGUGCAUUCAAAGCAUGCUGUGAAAGAGGUGUCACUUGAUAAUUGUCAGUAUAUUGACGCCUGCAAGCGUCCGAAUACUUGUGAACACGGAGGCAAAUGCUCGGUGCAAGACGACCAAGUAGUCUGCAACUGCAAAGACACGGAUUACAUCGGCAAAAAUUGUCAUUUUGCUACAUAUCGCAAGACAUGUGAAGAGUUGGCUCUUCUUGGCUACACAAAACCAGACAUUUACUUGAUUGACAUAGAUGGUAAUGGACCCUUCAAGCCAGCACAUGUUAAAUGUGAAUUCCAGUCUCUUGAAGAAUCAACAAAGACCAUUGUAGAACAUAAUCUACCCAGCCAAAUGGAUAUUCGACAACCUGAUUAUGAAGAUUUCAGUGUAAAAAUUGAUUAUCGAGAAUUCACAGCUGAAAUGUUGCAAGAAUUAAUAUCUCAUUCUCUACACUGCAGUCAGUUCAUAAAAUAUGAAUGUAAAGAUGCACCUCUUGAGCUGCACUCAGCAACAUGGUUUACUUCUUCGCAUAAAAAUGACAUUGUUGAUUACAUUGGCAAUGUCAAAAGAGGAGCUUGUCCAUGCUCUUUGAAUAGGACAUGUGCUAACCCAAGUCAAAGUUGCAACUGCGAUGGGUCUCAUGGUAAAUGGCUUGUGGAUGAAGGCUUAUUCACAUCUCCUGACAGUUUGGGAAUUACUGAAAUGGUUUUCCUUCAGCAAAAGGAGUUGAAACCAGAGGCAAAAGGACGAAUCACACUUGGACCUCUAGAAUGUGUAGAAGCCAAUACACAGAAGUAUGUUGUUACCUUUACUUCAAGUCAGUCUUACAUAGAAGUUCCAGGCUGGAGAAAAGGAGAUAUUUCUUUUAGUUUCCGUACUACAGGAGAGCAAGCUAUUCUACUUUAUCAGCCACCAAUCAGAGAGAGACAUCCCUCAUUUAUGGUAGCUUUAACUAGUGAUUUUGAAUUGACGUUCAACUUUACUUUGAACACUGGUCAACCCAGAGACCUGAAGGUGAGAUCCAAGAGGCAACUAAACAAUGGUGAAUGGCAAAAAAUUUGGAUUGAUUACAAUGAGUAUCAUGUACGAUUCAUGAUUAAUACUGAUUAUGAAAUGAUUGACUUGAGUCCAGAAGAGAAAUUUGGACCCUUUGAAGGCAGUAUGUUCAUAGGAGGAGCUACAGAAGAUCUUCUCAAGGAAAGUUCGGUUCGACAAGGACUUAUUGGAUGUUUCAGAGGUCUUGUUGUAAAUGGUGAAAUUCUGGACAUUUAUUCUUAUAUGAGUGUUCACUUAUCAGAAAUAAUAAAAGAUUGCAAACCUUCUUGUGAUCCAAAUCCAUGUGUUAAUGGUGCAACUUGCAAAGAACUUUGGAGUAAUUUUCAAUGUAUUUGUGAAAAUCCUUGGGCCCAUGAAGGAAUCUAUUGUGAAACUAACAUAAAUACAAAUGGGCUCACUUUCCUGACUGAAGAGUCGUACUUGAAGAAGAAUGAUCUAACUCAGAGAAAUGAAUCUUCAAAAGCAUUAUCAAAUAUUCUUACUGAAAAUAUAUUAAUUAAUUUACGGACUUUUAAGCCAGAUGCUCUUAUAUUUUAUGCUAAUGAUCACUUAAACAAUUUCGUACAUUUGUUCAUAAAGGAUGGACGAACUGUUGUACUCCUUUGUAACUCGGGAGAUGUUAUUGUGAAGUUGAGCGUAGACUAUGAAGGGUUAGACAAUGGAUCAUCCAUUCAAAUAGCAGUAGUUCGAAAGAAAGAUGAAAUUAUAUUGGAUGUUAAUGGGAAAAACACUUCAGUACCUUAUGGAAAUUUACUGUUAACUGAAUAUUCCUACAAACCAUGGAAUAAUUCAGAACUAGAGGUAUUGGGUCCACACAGGCCCCCUGCUCCUCCCACAACAUACUUUCAGUUCCUUCUUGGAGGCUUCAGUUCUGAUAGUUUACUCAUGUACUCAAACGGUCCUACCUUACCUGGCUAUGUUGGAUGCAUACGUGGUCUAAAAAUAGGGAACCAAACUCUGGACUUGCCAUCUCUUAUCACUGACAAAAAAGGGUCAGGCAUAAAAGAAGGUUGUAAUAUGACGUGUGACUCCUCUCCAUGCAAAAAUGAUGGCAUUUGUGUAGAAGAUUUUGAAAAUGAGAAGUCCAUUUGUGUGUGUGAGCGAACUUCUUACUACGGAGAUACAUGUACAGAAGAGCAAGGAGCUGCGUUUGGAGGAACUUCUAUCAUUCAGAGAAAAUUUGCUCUAGAAGGGCCCUUUGAAGAAGUGAAAGUGCAAUUGGCAUUUUCAAGCAAUAUCAACAAGGAUAAGAGACCAUUAUUAUUACUUCUAACAGACUUCAAAAAUAACUAUCAUUUACUAAUUGCUCUUGCAAACAAUGGCAUGGAAUUAAUAUUUGAAGAAGAGAGAGAUGGCACUCGUCACAGGGCAAUAGUAGAGAAGAAAUUUCUUGAUGGAAAUCGACACUCAAUAUAUUAUCAUAGAUUAAAGGAUACAGCUGAACUUUGGAUUGACCGAGAACGUAAAGCUGCACCUCCCAAAAAGGUUAAAGUGCAGAUUGAUGAGGGAUACAAUGUUAGUGCAGAGACAAAUGAGGUGAAUAUUGGUGGACUUAACACCAGCAAUCCACAGUUUGCUGAAUACAGUGGCUUUACUGGUUGCAUUUCGAAUGUAUUGGUGAGUGUAAAUAAGAUUUUGUUCAAACCAUUAGAAGAAUAUUUUAAAAUUGGAGAAGCAAAAGCUGAAGGCGUGAAUGUUUUCAAUCAAAAUGGUAUUAAAACGGCAGAAUGUGCAGCUUUUCUGGAUAUACCAGAGAUUAUAGAUGGACUUCCAAUAAAUGAAAGCCUGGGUAGAGAAAAAUCUUGGAAAUCUAUGCGGCCGGAGAGAAUUCCAUACAAAUCUUUAUAUUCUGAUUCAUCUAUUGAUAAAGGAGGAUCCAGUACUAUAAUAUUUUUGGUCCUUGCCUGCAUAUUUAUUGUCAUUGUCGUUUGUGCACUCUGCGAGGUCUACAGGACACAUCGUAAACAUAAGAGGAGGAUGGAACGGGAGGCUGAAGCUGCAAUAAUGUGGCCAAAGUCACAACAGCCCCCAACCCUUACACCGAGCAUUAAACUUCAAGGUUUUAAGCCAAUAACACCACAAGAGAAACCAAAACCUCAAUUUAAUGGUAAAACACAAGAGCAAGAAUUAGAGUGGGAUCCAAUGCCUGAAAACACAGAACUCAUACUAGACAAAUCUCUGGAAGAUUUGCCCAAUAGCAAAGAAGAAGAAAAUGAUGUACCAAAGAAACCAGAACAUGCUCAAAAUCAACAAGGACCUGUGUCAAAAUUGGGUCAAUUCCCAUUGGCACACAUUCCUGAAGAUGAGACGCCAAAAAGAGAUUCAAUAACAACACACCUCAAAUCUAAUGCUGUUAAACCUACAGCUCACACCCCAGGUGCUAGUUUGUCCCCUGUGUUUCUCAACGAAGAGCAAAGAACAUAUGGAAAUCCCAUCAGUUAUCUGGGAGGCCCACAUUUUGAUUCUAAAAAUGUGCCUCGAGCGAGUAUGGAGUCUGUUUUGUCUUUGGAUUGAUAUCCAUUAACAGCAUAUCAUAAGUAUUAUAGGGAACAAACAACGAGUUGAAUUAGUGAAAAUAAUUCCGGCAAGAUCAACUAGUAUUAUAAUUUUGCUGUGAACGUUUGUAGUGCAAAGAGAAUUUUGUGGAAAGAAGGAAUUGAUAGCAAGUGACAAAGAUUAGUAUUGAAGUUAUUUUAAGUAGAAAUGGUUCAUAGAAAUAGAUAUUGGAUCUAUUACUUAAAAAUGUAAUGUGACAUUGAAACGGUUUAAUAAUAGAUCAGGGUGUACAGCCAAGUAGACCAUUUCAAGUACUCAUGACUAUAGUGUCAAAGACUGUUUAUACAAGUGAAUACUCAUUUUAUACAUGUCCUAGUCAGUGUUUGUUUGUAUAAAAUGUAAUGUGAACACUUCUUCAGCACCAAGUGUUGACACUAUUAACUGUCUACAGAACUUCUUUUUUUAAUCCUGUUCUAACUUCUGUGUUGUUAAGUGUUGUAUAUAUUUAAAUGCUGAGCAUGUAUGUGUAAAGUGAUGUCCACAGUGAAUGCAAAGUGCUAUUUUUAAAGUGUUGUGAUCUUCCAAUACCUAAACAAAAUAAAUAACACCAAUAUUCCAUAUGUUAUUCAACAUUUGGUAUUUGAAAAAUAAAAACAAUAAUAUGUUGCUUAAUGUUGUCUACAGCAUAAUCUGUAUCAGUGUUAGCAGAAAGUUAUCUUCCUAAAUAAGCUUCCAAACAUGUUGCAUUUAUCGUUCACUCAUAUACAGUCUCUGCACAAGGGGGAAGAUAAAAUACCUUAUUAUGCAUAACUGGACCCUAUAUAAUAUCUUAUUUCCUUUGUCCUUUUUAACCUUUCCGUAAAGAAGAUAGCAAUAUUAUCCACAUUAAUUUUGAUAAUGAAUUUUUAAUAAAGCUUUAAACAUUUUUACAGAAAUAUAUAUUUCAUACAGUUUUCAUUAAUUAAAAUCCUUUAAUGCUUUAAUACAAAACCAAGAGUUUUCAAACAAAUUGAGAAUUACAAUUCCAUGCAUUUGGAGCCAUUAAUAUGAGAUAGAAUAUUUUGAGAAUUGAAUUUUGAAAAUACUUAAUAAUGGCGAUUGAUUUCAACUUUAAGACAGAUUAAAAUAAUUUGUGAAUUAUAAAAGUUCUUCAAUAAGAAAUUUAAAAUUAUCAGAUGUCUGAAAAAUAACAUACUAGUGUAAUAUGAAUAAUAUUCAAAAAAGACUUUUAGCAGAUACACACAUCACAAUUGUUAUUAUUACAAAGAUGGCCCAAAACUGAAUCUUAAUAAUGAAUUUCAAUUUAUUUUCUCACAAAAGUGAACUCUGAAACUUCUGCGCAAUGAAUUUGCGUGUCUUGCAAAUGUGUUUUUUUUUUGUCACUAGAUUUUAUUCCUUCCACUCAUAUUCGUGGCCUUUGGUUUUUUCCCCCCGGGAGUUGUCAGACCAAAAGACUUGACAGAAGUUUCUCUAAAGCCACAAUUGCGCCAUCACCCUCCGUUGUUUUCAAACGCAAAAUAACACCGUGAAAUUGAAAUUUUCACGGUCACGGCGACAUAAGUAGAGAAAAAUUGCUGUCAUUACUGAUUCCGAUUAAAAACUAAAAAGUUAACGUUUUUGUACCAUUUUGUUAUUUUUCGAAUACAUUUUGCUUCCCAAGUUUUAAUCAAUAUUUAGGGUCAUUUGUUGAUGAAAAAUUACCACAUAUCAAUUUGAUAAUCCUGGUGCCAGAAGUGAGCAGUUAAUUUGAUGAGCGACUUAAUAUUUAGACUUUGCUUGUACACAUAGUUUUGAGCCCGCA